AUGGCAGAAGUAGCUCCAGCAGAUCCGGCCCCCGCUCCGGCUCAAGCGGCCAAGAAGAAGAGGAACAAGCCGAAGAGCAAUAGCAAGAGCCUUCCCGGCCUCGGCGAUCUCAUCCUGAAAAUUGUGGCCACGUCCAAAGACCGGAGAGGCACGUCCCUGGCCGCCCUCAAGAAGGGUCUGACUGCGGAGGGUUAUGAUGUGGACAAGAACAAUGCCCGAAUCAGGAGAACCAUCAGGAAUUUGGUGGCUAAAGGGGCACUGAUUCAUGUCAAAGGGACUGGAGCCUCUGGCUCCUUCAAAAUAGGCAAGACUGCGGACAAGAAGACGGAAAAGAAAGCCGCGUCUAAAACCAGGAAGUCCGCAGCAAAGAGAGACGCAUCACCUAAGAAGCCCAAGACUGCAGCAGCCAGGAAGUCAACAGCUGCUAGGAAGUCUCCAACCAAAGUCAGGAAACCCCCAGCAGCGGCUAAGAAAGCAAAUAAGGCUUCAAAGAAGAACAACAAGAAGGCGGCUAAAAAGGGCCCCGCGGCCAACAGAGCCAAAUCGGCACCCAGGAAGGGAGCACCCAGAAAGAAGUGAGCUGUUUGUCUCAUCAACAAAAAGGCUCUUUUAAGAGCCACCCAUCUAAACCAAGAGAGCACAUUUCCUAUUUAUGGCUUUAUUAACACCUGCACUUAAAAGGGCUCUAUGAGAAUUGAAGUUAGAAAAUAGUAAAAGAGUAACAGUAAAAGUACACUUAGCAGUCUAAAAUGACACCCUCUGCUGUUGUUCUCUAUAUUGGAACAUCCAGUGAUAAUAACAUUAGGUCACUUUAUAAUGGAAAACAGAUUGACUUUGUUUUCUUUGUGUUUGGUGUCAAAAAGGCAUCUAGUCAAUCUAAUAU